GGUUGGCCAUCUUUCUAUAACCUUCCGAGUGAUAGUUUGAGUUUGGGGUUAAGUUGUGUUCUUGUGGUCUGCUUGUGUAUGUAAACGUUGUUUUCCUGCCCGUCCAUAUUUUCCUCUUUGAUUUCUUCGCUUAAAUUACAAUAAACUUUCCAAGGUUAUGACCAUGUGUUUGGAGUAAAGUGUGCCCAAAGCUGGGAUCUUCGUUUCUGCCAUGGCUUCAGUCAGUCCUGAAUCAAACUGGGUGGAAUUUUGUGACAAGCAUGCGAAGUCCGCGGCAGCAGAUUUUGUGAAUGCAUUUACUUUGUAUACCAGUAGUCACAUGUCAGAUUCUCUGCGGCAUCAUGUGUCUCACAAAGAGUUUCUUCGCAAAUUCGUCGAUUGUUUUCAAGAGCAUUUCGAAGCAGAGUUUGGGUCUCAGAACGCGUCCUCAGAGAAGAGCCUUGCCAAUGGAGCCACCGGACAUGAUGACUUAUCUGAUAAUUGUUCCGAACAAGAUCCCGAUAUGCCCUCACCCAAAGCUCCUCAAAAGAGCUUUUUCUUAAGACGGUUAUCUAUGAAAGGCUUCAAGAAAGGAAAGGCCCUUUUUCAGAAGCAAAAUUCUGAUGAACUUGAUCUGUCGCCUAGUGAUAAAAAAGACAAACAUUCCAAAACAAAGUUAGCCAAGAUAGUUGUUGAAUGUCGGAAAGAGGGUAUUGUUAAUUAUUUAAGUGGUGAGAAUUUGGACGGGACAGGUAAAUGGGAUAAAUGUCGCCUCGCCCUUGUAAAAACAGUUAGUGGAUACAUGCUUGAAUUCUACUCCCCUCCCAAGGCGCCUAAACCUAGAAGUGGUGUAUUUUGUUUCCUUAUAUUAGAGGCAAGAGAGACAACUGCUCUUGAAAUGCCAGAUAAAGAGAAUACUUUUGUGUUGAAGGCGGAAAACCAACAGGAAUAUGUGAUUGAAGCUCAUGACACGGAUGAUAUGAAGUCAUGGUUAGCCACAAUCAAAUAUUGUAUGAGGUCAACUACUCAAACUGUUCUUGAACAUUCAGAAUCAAGUUCACGGCAAGGAGGACCUAGCAGUAAAGCUUCUGCCCCACCUAUUGAUGGAGAUAGUCUUGAACAUCCACCUGAAUUGCCACCAAGAGUGACAGGUGCCGGUCGGUCAGCGGGUGACAGCAGUCAGAGACUGUCAAGUAACAGUAAUUUUGAUAUAUGUUCGUCACGCACUGACAUAGAAACCACUGGGGAAGGUGAUGCUGACUUAUCAUGGCUACUCAGAGAUUACCCUUGGUUCCAUGGUACCUUGCCCCGCUCAGAGGCAGCUCAGUUAGUUUUACAUGAGGGUUCUGCAGCACAUGGUGUGUUUUUAGUUCGACAGAGUGAGACACGCAAAGGAGAGUUUGUUUUAACUUUCAAUUUUCAAGGAAGGGCAAAGCAUCUAAGAAUGACACUCAACGAACAAGGUCAAUGCAGAGUUCAGCACCUCUGGUUUCCUGCAAUCUUUGAGAUGCUUGAACACUUUCGAGAACAUCCAAUUCCCUUGGAGUCAGGUGGCACUGCAGAUGUGACUUUAACAAACUACAUAGUGUCUACUAAUCAUGCACUCAAUACUCCAUCAACGUCAAUUUCAAGAGCACCAGCUGUAUCUCCUCCCACCCCAUCUACACCCUCAACUGUUGUUGUUUCUCUUGGUUCUACACCAGUUGAUCCUAGACCACGCCCACUUAUAGUUGAUGGAAGAGAGGUGUGAUGCAUUGGCGGUUGGGUUGCUAACGGCACAUACGCUCCUUCCUUUGCUUUGUGAGUAAAUGCACUGCCCUGCUACUAGUUGAAUUUAAUAUUAAUGCUAGUUAUAAGAAUGCAACUUUGCUGAAUUAUGUGAGAUGUGUUCAAUGAAAAUGACCAAUAAGAUUUGCUGUAAGAUUUUUAACUUAUCUAAAUAGCGAUGAUCAGUUUUUGGUAUUAGAUUCUUGAGUUCAUUUCAUUAAAUUUUAUCAAAAAUCUGUCAGCACUGUAUCUUUUUGGUUGUUGUAAUUUGGUUUUCCUCUCUAGGGGGACUUUCCACGCUUUGAUUAUACAUAGAGUGAUUUGAUUACAGCAUCUCACUGGUAUGCCAAGCAUGACAAUUUCUCUUUUACCUACCUCGACUUUUAUUACAAAAUUGUGGUGUCUGAGUGUGUUGAAGCAAGUCUGUGUAUUGAACUGCCUGGAUAUCCUUUACUGACUUUUCUUCCGGUAAUGUGUGUGCAGGUGAUGGUGCUAGGGGGCUCCGUUCGUACGCGAACUGAAUCAUUAGAGCAAAUUCCUAGUCGUCAAAAUCAGAGUACAGGAAGAGCAGUCGAAAAUACGUACAGUUUUGUGUAGAGUACUAAAUUUUGCAACUUUUAAAUGCUGAAGGUUUGCAGUGCUAUUGUUCAAGUUUUACUACAAAUUUUAACACAACUUUAUAAGUCUAGUCGUGUUUCAAACUGCUAUGCCCAGUUAUGUGUGUUCUUUGAUGUACAUUAGCAUUGUAUGUAAGUGAUACACUCUUGUAGGCUCUUUAAGGAACAGGAUUCUCAAAGUCUUCUUAACCUGAAGUUUUUUGUCAAGUUGAGAUUUUAUUAUUUGUGAAUACUGAAGCAUUCAGUGUUGUUUGUACAAGAUUUUAAUUACAGCCAGCCAGGGUGUGCAAAGUGUUGUAGAAAGUUAAUUGAUCAAAAAGCCAUCUGCAUCAUUAGUUUUAGAGAAAUAAUUCUGUAUGAUUGUGUGUAUAAAUUAGUGCUCAUUUUCCAAGCCUUUGCUGUAAAUACUUUCAGUACUGAUUAUAAACAUCAAUUUUUUUACUUGGUUUGGAAGUGCUUUUACAGUCAUAAACAUAUCUUUCAUUAAUCUUCAUUCUUCAAUGAGAAAAAAAAAAGAGAGAAAAAAAAGGAAGAAAGAUUGUUGCUCUUACUUAGGCUCUUUUGCUGUGAAUAUUCUUGGCUUUUCUAUUUUACACAUUCCUUCCUAUUUUUAUAUUUAACAUAGGUCUUUUACUGUGGAAAAUUUGUGGGUUGCCGUGCAUGACGCUGCUACACCAGUUGAUGGUGAACGUGGACGUCCUUGCCUACUACAGAGUAUAGAGGAAAUUUAAAAGUCCGCUGUAGACAUAUCCACAUGUCACGCCACUUUCUUUUUCCUUCGAAUUGUCAGUUUUGUGGACCAUGUGAAAAGCAUACCUAAUAUUGCAGAAGGCCUAAGUCUAUUUUCUACUUUACUCUUAUCAGCUUUUUUAGUGACGCUUUCAAGCCCGUAGAUCUAUUUCCGUCAGCCAACAGAUCUAACUUUUUAGGUCUGAUUCUUUGAUCAAUCUUAUUCGUUCAAAUGUAACUGUGGUUCAGUUCAUGUGUAAUAUCUAUGAUUUCCUUGUGGCUUCAGUCAUAAAUUUGUUAUCUUAAAACAAUGUUUUGUGUGAAGUCAUGGAACUAGUAGGUAGUUAUUUCCCUUCCAACUGCUGUUGUUUUAUUAAUUAUCUUUGUAAGGAUGUAAAGUAUGUGCCAUAACUUGCCUCCUUUUAAUAUUCAGGGAAGCUUGGAUUAAUUGUCUUGUAUAGUACAGUAAUCUUACUGUUAGAGUAUUAAUUGAGUCACUAGGUACAAGCGCCAAAGGUUUACCACUUAUCAUUCUCUAGAGGUUGUGCCCUAGAGAGAAAAGUCGUGACUCAUGGUAAUCUGAGGAAGGAUAUAUCUAUAUUUGCUUUCCAUGAGUGAUUCCGUCUAUACAUCUGUAAUUAUUGCUCUUAGUUUGGAUUAUUGUUGUUACCAGCGAUGGUGGAUAUUUUGCAAGUGCAAAGAGUUUGUGAAAUAUCUCAUGUUCCAGACCAGGAUACCACAUUUCCACAGGGCAUAAAUUUUUGCUGGGAGUCUUAACUAUAUGUGUAUCUGUCAGAAUUCAGAUGUGCACAGUUUGGAAAAGUUAACUCUCCUAUGAGGAGAAUAUAGUAUAUUUUGAUAAGCGAUAAGUGAUUGUUAAUGUUUUUUGUCAUUGUUACUGUUGUUGUUAUUAUGUAUCAUGUUAUUGUUAGUUUAGUAAUAGAAUGUAGAAAUCUCAAUUAUGACUGCAAGGAAAUUUUGGUAUGUUGGAGAUACUGUGUUCAUACAAAAGGAUUCAUUAAAGCUUGUUCUUUUAAACCAUUUUAUCUAAACUGUUUUGAAGCUUUCAAGCAAUCUGUGAUGAUUUUUUUACAACUUCAUGAAAUUAAUCUGCUUAUCUGCUUUGUUGUUGAAAGACAUUACAUAUCAUUUAUAAUCUUGAUUGGUUUUGUUCUUUCCUUUGAAAAUAGGCUUCUUAUUAAUAUGUUUCUACUCAUUCAUUUCAAUUUCAGUGUAGUAAAUAUUGUUACUUUUAAAUUCAAUUGACAGUUUCUGUUUCAGAGUUGUUUGGUUUCUCACAAACUAGUGAUUAUUAUUUUUUUUGUAAUUUUUGCCCUUCUGUUAUUUUACUCAUAUCAAGGUUUAUUAUUGAUAUGUCGUUUUGUGAUUGAGGCUUGUGCAGCACUUUCAGUUUAUGUACAAUAUCACCUGUGUUUUGAGCAAUUUCUGCUACAUACAAAUCUGUUCUCUUAUUGCAAAAGAAUGAGUUUACUACUUUUAAGUUAAUUAAAGGCUGAAGAAGCUUGAAAAUCAAUAAGUCUGACGUGUCUUUGAGACAGAACUCUGCUGAAAGUAGGAAGAUUGAGGCUCACCUUUUAUUUUAUUUUUAUGAUUUUUUUUUUGUUUAAGAUUUAACUUUGUAAUACUUUUAAGCAUAGAGCGUUAGACUUACUUAAUGUUCCUUUUGAUUAUUGUGGUCAUAGUUAAUAAAAACUGGAAUGACUCUUUCCAGUCUCUGUAGCAUGUGAACAGUGGUGUGAAGAGAGGCUCAGAGGCUUAUUGUUUUGGGCUUUGCUUGUGUGUUUGUUUUAAGUGAAACCAAUUUAUCUGCUAUUUAUAUUUCUCAUGUUAUCUAUCGUUGUAUAUGAUACUGUAGCUUGGUAAACUCUGAAUGAUAAAGCUGUUGAAAUUUGGCAGACCAGUUCCCCAUUGUUCAUGUUCCUUAAAACUCAUAGAUACUGUAUCUCUACACCACUGUUUUAAAUGUUGCAGGCCUGUGGACUGUGUGCAUUGCCAAAUUAUGUGAUUUUUAAUCAAUUUUGUUCUCUGUAUAUUCCUGUUACAAAGUAUUUAUUGUAAUUAUUUUUCUAGAAAGUCAAGUCCUAGACCUGAAGAUGUAUGGUAUAACAUUUAGCUUUUCCAUGUUUUUUUUUUUUUUAAUUGUUGUGAAAGUAUUUAUAUUCUAGUCCAGAAGUGGUGGCAGCUUCCGUUGUUUGUGAAAACUAUGGUUUGUGCAGUGUUGAGUGGCAAAUGAUAAAUAAAUCAGGUUCUUUUGAGAAAAUGAUCAAAUCCAUGUAAACAGCGCUGUUUCUCCCUCAGUUUAUUAUCAUCUGUUCCAGAAUCACUGAUUGUCAAAGGUCAUGGUAUGGUGUUUACAUCAGACUAGCAAUCUUCAAUAUCCAAGAUUUGGCACACCCUCCAUGACUGAUUUAUCUCAAAUACAUAGCUGUCUCUUUUUAAUUAGGUUUUGUUGUACUACAGUUUAAACAUCCUUCAUUUUUAUUUGCAUUAUGGUUUUGUUGCUAUUUUCCAUACAAAUGCUUCUAUUUGAGGAGAAGUGUGCACAUGUUGAUCUGAUAUUUCUUGGCCUGAAAAGAUUGAUUUUGUGCUUCUCUGGCUCCUUGUCAUGAUUGUUUCAGUAAAUGUGUGAUAUUAGAAAAUCGUACUUCCGUCAUCUCGGAUAUUUUCUAAUGUAACAUAGUUUCAUGGUAAACAGAACUUUUCAUUUUACCAAGUGUUAGUUAAUAUUAUUUGUAUGUAUGUUGAACCGUGUUUUCUGCUGUAGAAUGUACUCAAUCGUACUCUAUGGAAAAUAAAUUCUAACAUAGAUAAACUC